AUGGAUGGUCCGAAUCGAGGUUUCCGCGGCGGUGGUGGACGCGGAGGCCCGGGUCCUCGAGGUCGUGGUGGAUUUGACAUGCGUGGAAGAGGUGGACCGGGAAUGCGAGGUCGUGGAGGACCUCCCAGGGGUGGGGGACCACCACGUGGGGGACCGCGAGGCUUUCGAGGUGGGCCAAUGCGUGGAGGUGGCGGUGAAAGAGGUGGUCGAUUUCCACCUGGACCACAAGGACCGGGACCUCAUCCCGUUCCCACUAUUGAAUCUCGAGGACCCCCACAAAGAGGAGGAUUUAAUAAUAACAGAGGUGGUCCUGGUGGAAUGAGAGGAAGAGGUGGUAGAGGCAGAGGGGAUUUUGGACCCCGAAAUGAUAGAGGUGGACGUGGAAUGCCUAUGAGAGGGCGAGGAGGUAGAGGUGGUCAUGGUCCGCCAAGUGGACCACCGGGUGGUCCCGGACCUCAUCCAGGGCCUGGACCUCAUGGACCACCUGUACAGUCUGCUGGACCAAACAUUCCACCGCGUUCAGCGCCAGCGCCACAUCAAGCAGGGGGAGCACCACAAGGGGGGGCCUUCAAAAGAGGCGGAGGACCUCCACAUGGUGGCGCAGGUGGACCGCCAAAGCGGGGAAGGUUUGAAGGACCAAGAGGUGGAGGCGGCAGUAGACCACCACCAUCUGGGGUCUACCAACAAUCUGCACCACCACACAACGCUCCCCCAGCUAAUGGCUAUGGACCAGUAUCGCACACAGGCUACCAACCCUACGAGCAGCCAGUUGCAGACCCAUAUCCACCACAGUCAUACAAUACCUCAAGUUCAUAUCAGAGCAACUACUCAUCACAAGCACCUGCUCAACCUAACUCCGGCUAUAACUCAGGGGGAUACGGAUCCAACUAUGGAUACUCAACUGGGGGUCAAGGCUAUGAAAAUGAAAGUUAUGGUAAUAACCCGGGUGGUGCCGGCGACGCCGGGUACGGGGCGGCCGGGCCGGAGUACCGUGGGCCCGCGCCCGCCUACGACUCCUACUCGCAGCCUUGUUACAACACAUAUCAGCAGCCACAAUCGCAGUACAAUAACACCUAUGGCAGUUGGUUGAAUGCGAUAAGAUCACAUAAUGAGAAUGUUACAAAUCUAGAGAAGUUAUGGAGUCCACAUUUUCUAGUAAAAAGAGGUGUAACAAAGGUCUGCCACUAUCUCGGCGCGGUGUUGAAUAUCCCUGAAUGCACUCGAUCGCAGUUUCGACUCCCUUGGGUGAAUGGUUGUGUUCACCAUGUUACUCGUCUUGCUGUUACGCAUCUUCGCUCACUUUGU